AAUAGGAAAUGUCAACCCGGGCCGUCGGCAGCGCCGACUGCAGCAACUUGAGGUGCUCUGUACUCCCAGGGCUCUAGCGGGGUUUCUGGGCACAUCGACAGCGUCGUCUUCGCCGGCGUGGACGCGUGAAGUCUGAACAGGCUUCUCCAUGGCCUGGGCACCUGUUCCCGGCUAAGUCACCUUCUUUUUGGCUAAAAGCCCCCGCCCAGAGGCCGAUUCGUCGCGGCGGCGGUGGAGAUCGCAGGUCGCUCAGGCUUGCAGAUGGGUCAAGGGCUGUGGAGAGUGGCCAGAAACCAGCAGCUGCAGCAGGAAGGCUACAGUGAGCCCGGCUACCUCACCAGGGAGCAGAGCAGAAGAGCGGCUGCGGGCAGUGUCACCACCACCAGUCACCGCAGGCAAGUGCAAGGAGGCAUUGACAUCUACCACCUUUUGAAGGCAAGGAAAUCCAAAGAGCAAGAAGGAUUCAUUAACCUGGAGAUGCUGCCUCCUGAGCUGAGCUUUACCAUCCUGUCCUACCUGAACGCUACUGACCUUUGCUUGGCCUCAUGCGUUUGGCAGGACCUUGCAAAUGACGAACUUCUCUGGCAAGGGUUGUGCAAAUCCACUUGGGGUCACUGUUCCAUAUACAAUAAGAAUCCACCUCUAGGAUUUUCCUUUAGAAAAUUAUAUAUGCAGCUGGAUGAAGGUAGCCUUACCUUUAAUGCCAACCCAGAGGAGGGGGUAAACUACUUCAUGUCCAAGGGUAUCCUAGAUGAUUCACCAAAGGAAAUAGCGAAGUUUAUCUUCUGUACAAGAACGCUAAAUUGGAAAAAACUGAGAAUCUAUCUUGAUGAAAGGAGAGAUGUCUUGGAUGACCUUGUGACGUUGCAUAAUUUUAGAAAUCAGUUCUUACCAAAUGCACUAAGAGAAUUUUUUCGUCACAUCCAUGCCCCUGAGGAGCGUGGAGAAUACCUUGAAACUCUUAUAACAAAGUUCUCACAUAGGUUCUGUGCUUGUAAUCCUGAUUUAAUGCGAGAACUUGGCCUUAGUCCUGAUGCUGUCUAUGUACUGUGCUACUCUCUGAUUCUACUUUCCAUUGACCUCACUAGCCCUCAUGUGAAGAAUAAAAUGUCAAAAAGAGAAUUUAUUCGAAACACCCGUCGUGCUGCUCAGAACAUUAGUGAAGACUUUGUAGGGCAUCUUUAUGACAACAUCUACCUUAUUGGCCAUGUGGCUGCAUAAAAGCACAAUCGCUAGGACUUUUGCUUUUUACUUCAGACUAAAACUAUCCAGGGACUCAUUAGCAGAAGCAGGGGUUACCACCAUGUUGGUCGCACAAGCCUCUGUAAGCAGUCAAGCUUGAGUAUACAACCUCUUUCUCUUUCACUAUUUUCUUUUUUAGUAAUUUCCUGGGGGACCUAAAAAUUUUUCAGGACUUUUCUUAAUUUUGCUUAUUAUGUUUUGCACAAAGCCAAGCCAUGAUCUGACCCAGCUGUUAAAGAAUCUUAAACUGACAUACACUAUAAUCUAUAAGAUGGUGGUUUUGUGCAUUAGAUUUACCUGGAAAACUUUAUCCAUUUCCAUUUUUUAAAAUAUAGUGAAUUGUGUACAUAUUUAACUAAAGAGAUUUAUAAUCAUUAUUUUAUUGUAAAGAUUUCAACUAAAGUGUUUCUUUCUCUCUAAAACUGAGUUUUGAAAUUUAUUUAGUCAAAUCAGAGAAUAUAGUUAUCUGUAAAAGUUGGAUCUGACUUCAGAUUGAAGCCAAUACCAGCUUUCCUUUUCUUUGAAUUUGAAAACAGUGUUGAUUUGUACCAUAUUGCUAUGCAAAACCAGCCCUUAUUUGUAUAAUAUAAAUUUGUCAUUUGAUUCUUCAUUUUAAAAUCUUCCAGGUUAGUCAUCUUGAUACAUCCUUUAAAGCAUUUAGCAUUUUUUAAACGUGUGUUUGAAUUUAAAAUUUACCCUUAUAAGAGCAGAAUAAAAUAGUAUUAGAACCCUG